AUCUUGGUCACGAUAUGCUGGUGGCGCGAGCAUCGCUGCGGCGGCGCAACUUCCAUGCCCCGCGGUCGCUUGUCGACGGCGGCGAUCGCAUCCUGCGCGAGGGCGACCCGAUGACCAAGGUCCGCUGGAGUCUCGCGACGCAGCAGCUGUGGCAGCAAGCCAGUCUUCCGCUGUGCCAUGAGGAGACGUGGUGCGGGAACCCGCCUGACUACCCCGCGCGGGGUCCGCUUCCGCGGCUGUACGACCCCAAGGACAUGCCGAGCGACAAGUCGACGCCGAUUCCAAUCGGAAUUCUCCACGGCCUUGCCCAUAUUGAGCUCGGCGCCAUCGACAACUACUGGGACACGGUCGUGCGGUUUGCGCCUCGCCCAGCAGACGACGUGUACCACCUACCCCGCGCCUUCUACGACGACUUCGCCAACGUGGCUUGCGACGAGGCGCGUCACUUCGCGCUCGUGGAGAACCGAUUGCGUGAGCUGGACUCGUUUUAUGGCCAGCUGCCCGCGCACCGAGCACUCCUCGAGCACGCAGCCAACACGCGGAGCACGCUUGCUGCGCGACUGGCUGUGAUCCCGCUCGUACAAGAAGCCCGGGGGCUCGACGCUGGCCCCCGGCUGGUGCACAAGCUAAAGUCCCUCGGCGACCCCGUGUCGGCAGACGUUGUCGCACAGAUUGUGUUGGAGGAACGCGGCCACGUGGCCCGGGGCAUCGAGUGGUUCACGUACCUCUGCGGCCAGAUCCAGAAAGACCCCGUGCCGUACUUUCACGAGCUCGUGCGCGAGUUUUCCCCGACGCCACUCGAGAUGGCGUCCAAGCCCAAGAAGGCGACGGCCCCCGUGACGCCGCCUCGUCAAGUGAACCGCCCGACCAAUGGCAAGACGCUCGUUGUGUCGGGCUGCGUCUGGCCCGAGCGCACGUCGUCGGCAGCAGGCGUGCGCACGACCGACAUGAUUGAGAUGGCGCGCGACGAAGGCUACGAUGUCAUUUGCAUCUCGCCGUGCCGUCCAAAUGAGCACACAGUGCGCUGGGAGGCGGACGGAGUCGCCUGUGUCCAGCUCGACCCCAACACGGGCGACGUCGAGACGUUCCUCAAGACGACGCGCGUCGACGCAGUGGUUUUCGACCGGUUUAUCGCGGAAGAAAUGUAUGGCUGGCACUUCGCGACGCAUGUGCCCAGUGCCAAGCGUAUCUUGGACCUCCAAGACGUGCAUUUUCUUCGAAAAGCCCGCGAGCACCUCGUGCUAAAAGCCAAGGUGGACUUUGAAGCGACGCUUGGACUUGAUAUCGACGUCGAGCCGGUGCUGCCGAGUGUGCUGCGGGAACUUGCGAGCAUCUAUCGGUCCGACACGACGUUGUACGUCUCCGAGUUUGAGAAAACGCUGCUUGUCGAGCGCUUUGGGGUGCCGUCGGCGUCGCUAGAAGCCCUCGACUACAUGCUGCCGCUCUCGGUGCUCUCGAUGCCGUCGCCGUUCGAAGAGAGAGAGCACGUCGCUGUCAUUGGCAGCUUCAAGCACCCACCGAAUGUCGACGGCCUCAAGUGGCUUACGAGCCACAUCUGGCCUCGGGCGCGGGAGCGCCUCGGGGAGGACGUGGAGCUCCACAUCUACGGCUCGUACGCAAGCGCGAGGGACAUGAAGCACUUUGAGCAGCCACGCGAAAACGUGCGCAUGAUGGGCUUCUGCAAAGACGUGCAUGCGACGCUGGGUCAGUACCGCGUGAGUCUCGCGCCGCUGCGGUUCGGUGCCGGCAUCAAGGGCAAGGUCAUCGACUCGUGGAUCGCGGGUACGCCCGUGGUAUCGACCAGUGUCGGUGCCGAGGGUCUGCACUUUGACGGCACCAGCGCGUGGGGUGGUCGCGUCGCGAACGCAUCCGAUGCCUUUUCGGUCGCGAUGCAGCAAUUGUACGAAGACCCUGACGCGUGGAAAGCGUCUCAAGCCGCUGGUCACGGCAUCUGCCAAACGCACUACAAUCGCCACAAGCAGCAACACGCUUUCGCACGCGUGCUGCAGGCGCCGCCGCGGGAAAACUGGCUCGGCCGCGUCCUCUCGUCAAGUCAAUUUCGGGCGACCGAGUACAUGUCGCGCUUUAUCCGAGCCAAGAACGAGGCUGCAGCGUCUUCGAUUUAGUCUACCUAUGCCAUUAUUGUCUAGCAACCCGGUACAAUGGAAUGAAUCCAUACACGUAGAUUGACCUUAUCGACCCUAUCGUUCAAUCCAGCG